CGAACAGAGCCAUCGAACGGCGAAGGUGCGCGCAUUAAGGUUCUCCCCCGCAAACAGACCGACCAACCACAAAAAAAAAAAGUGAAGAACGAGACCAACAACAGAAAAGGAAAAGAAGAAAAUCAAAACAAACGAGAACAGUCGUUUAUUUCUUUUUGUUUUGUGUUUUUCUCGAGAGAGAGAGUUUCGAGAUCGAAAGAGAGAGAACUGAGAAGUGAUCAAGAUGGCGUUCAUGAUGCCCGUGAUGAAGAACAAUUACGAUAUUUACAAGGACACGCGCUCACGCAAAACGUCGGAAUGUUCGAAUGCGAGUAGUAACGGUACCACGGCUCUGGCCACCGCUCUUGGAACGCCGGCGCAGGAGCAGAAGCAGCAGCGACGCCGCAAGGUGUCCGAAUGCAAGUCGGAGAGUUUCGCCACGUCACCGUCGCACGGCCAACUGGGCGCCAGCUCCGCCGCCCACCAAAGGAUGCAGAUGCAGCGGUGCCACAGUUCGCGCGCUUUUCCGCGCAACGCAUCGCGCAGCUCGCACGGUUCGAUGCAACAAAUUGUGUCGCCCACGCGCAGUAGUCCGCCCAGCCGUUCGCAUACCGCCUCCGCACUGGAAAGGCAGGCGGCCGCCCAGGCAGCGGCCAUAAAUCAGAAACAACAACAACAACAGCCAGCUGGUGCAGUGGAAUCUUCCAAUGACUAUACGAAGUUCCAUUUGCGACUGGUCGACAAGCUGCGUAAAUCCUUUCGCAAGGAUAGCGGUAAACGGUCAUGAGAUCAUCACAAACACAAUCACAAUCGCAGCAACAGCAACAACCACAACUACGACAACAACAAUGCCAGCAGCAGCAGCAUGGCGCUCCUUUCCAUUACCAGCAACAACAACAACAACAAUAGCGAGAGAGAUGACCCCACUUCCAGUGGAAGAUCACCUGGCCGCGAUUUGGGAGAGAGCAGUGCAGCUAGAGCGGCCACGGAUGAGGGGGAGUUGAGUGCAACAGAGAGCGGGGAAGUAGACACCACCUGGAAGAGGGGAGCACAACCACGAGCACCGACUUUCCCGAGGGAGAGCAAGGAGGAGAGAGGGAGAAGAGCAGCCCCAACUUCCAGAGAGAAAGGCAUGGUCAAUCGGUUGGGGCGACGCUUCAGGCGCUACUGUAAAUUCCUGUCUGCCUCUCACGGGACACAGGCGUCGGCGGAGGACGAGGCAGAGGCCGAAGCAGAGGCAGAGGUCAGCUCCAUGGAGCAGCUAACCGGCAGCAGGAGCAGCAGUCGCAGUCGCAGCCGGCGUCGGCGCAGCAGCAGCAUUGGAAGUGCCAGUAGCCGGCUAAAGAUGCGACUGCGACGCUGCACUUCGUCGCCAGGAUAAGAGGGAGAUGGCUAAUCACCAACUAGGUCGGAGCGAGAGAGAUAGGAGAGACUGGAAGUGAAGAGAAAGAGAAAGAGAAAGAGAGAGUGGGUGCAGCGGCGUAGCCAAAAAGGGGGUUACCAAAAGUCACUUAACCUAGUUAUUGGCGGGCAACAGAAAAGUGAGUUGGCGUACAGAGUUGUUGGUGCAAAUUUGUUUGAGCAUAAUCCACAUAAUCUACAUACAUACAUAUAUAAAUUUCGGUGUACAUAUGCAAACUAUUUAAAACUAUAUAUAUAUAUAUAUCAGAACCUAUAAAUACAAACUAAAGUCCCAAAUGUAUAAUUACAUUAAUUAUAUGUAUUUAUGUAUGCCAGGCUUCCAAAUAUAGAAAAUAGAGUCCCUAUCCCAAAACCAAAACCAAACCCUCUCCAAAAAAUAUUAAAACACUUCUUUUUUGUAACUGCGGUUUCGCGACAAGAGGAAAUCAGAAAUUGCAACUGCCAAUUGCAUUGUAUAACGAAGACCACAUCAGCAACAACCCAAAAACAAGACAAACCACUUGAGAGUAUAACAAACAAACUAGAAAAAGAACCACGGAUUUUUACCUUCUCAUUUUGUAAUUGCAUAAUUACGAGGCGCAAUUGACAAUAUACUUUUGAAUGCAUUGCGAACAAAAUAUAAGAGAAUAAAUAAUAACAAGGCGAAAAACGAAAAAAACGAAGCAGCUGAAAACAGACUUAAUAUUAUAUCGCAUAACAUAUACACACAUGUACUUGUACUAAAAAAUAUACAUAUAUAUAUAUACAAAAAUGUACCUAGACGCAGCUAAUUUUAA